UUCUUUUCCCUUUCAGACAUUGAGUCGUGAAAAUUUCACUUUUUUGUGUUUGUUUUUUCUCCUUCGCUUUCUUGUUUAAAUCAAAAAAGAAAAAAGUAAACUGAAGCAAGAAUAUCUGAAAUAGCAUAUUGAGCUCAAAAAUAUAUAAUUUUAUUUCUAUAGUUUUUCAUUUUCCGCUCACAAUUUAGUUCGUGUCGUCUGAAGUCGAGAGAAUUUUUUUGACAUUUUUUUUCUUCUUUGGAUGUGAAUUUAAUUCAUUUGUUGUUUGAGAGCCGAAUUUGAGUCUAGUUUGGAAGUUAAUUAGUGGAUGUGUAUGGUGUUACUAUCUGAUGUGAUGCUGAGAAUAGUUAAUAAGCUUUAAGGAAAUUAUUGGGGUCAAUAAAAGUUGGAGAUUUGAUAUUAUUAAAACACAAUCACGAUGCCUGUUCAAAAAACUAGCAAUAAUAAAAUUUUAUAUGCAUUUCGAGGAUUUAUCGCAUUUGUCGCAUUUAUAGACAUCGCAACUGCACUUAGAAAUUAUGUGGAAAGACGAAGCUUCAUGUCGGGUAACGAAGAAUACACCGACGUUAAAUUGAUUGAAGCCGAUUACACAAUAUCAAGGGUUAUGGGAAUUUAUAGUAUUUUGAAGGCUUUGACUCUAAUUCAGACAACUCUUUACAUUCACUUCAAAGCGGUUGUUGCAACCGGCUGCUUAUCACUAGUGAUCACGAUGAUAUUUUUCAUAAGUGAGGCCUUAUACUUCAGAUCUACGACUUGUAACUUUUACGUGGUAUUUCCUUUCAUUUUAAACUCAAUUACACUCGGUGGUCUUUACUACCUCCCAAAGAAGCUUCGCUUGUGGGAUUCAUUUCCGGAAAUCGAUGAUGAAAAUUCUGAAUUGCUCAAGAAAAUGGGAAACUUCAAGAAAAGGCGUUUGCAAUCAAAACAAAAGAAUAUCUAAAGGAACAUGUUUUCAAGUAGUAAAUACUCACAAUUUACCAAUUUAGUGAUUUCUUUUUCAAUCAAACUCUUCAAACCCUCAUCAGCUAAAAGAAGAAGUUUUAAAACUUUUUCAAGGAUCAUAUAAGAAAGCUUUAUUAACUUUAAAUAUCAAUAUAAAAGAUAUUUCACAAUUUUUUUCUAGAAAUUUGAUACAUUUUCUCACAACUUUAGAAUGGCAUGAUGAUGUGAAGUUUUUAGAUAAACUAAUGGAAUGCAAUAAAAAUGUUGAGCUCAAUAGAGCUCAUUCAGCUCAAUAAAUAAGGCAAAUUGUUUUAGUAUAAGUAAGUACGUGAUUGUGCUGUAAAGUGAAGUCUUUAAAAAAAUCAAUAAUAGUCAGGAACUGGAGCUGAAACAAUCUUCAGGAAUUCAGUGUAAUUGAAGUCAUUAUUCAUGUUGACGUUAGCUUCACGGAAAAUCGCUUGAAUUUCUCUUUCACUAAGUUUUUCGCCCCAAUUUGCAAGGAUCGAACGUAAAACUCGCGGAUUAAUUUUUCCUGUUUUCUUGGUAUCAUAAGCUUUGAAAGCAUCAAGAAUCUCAUCAGGAAGCUUUUCCACUCUCGAAUGUGUAUGAACGACUUCAAGGAAAUCAGAAAAAGACAUCUUGUUGUUAUACUUUUUCAUGUAAGCUGUAAUUUCUUUAACUGUCGGUGACAAUCCAAGAGAUCUCGUUAUGAGACAAAGUUCAUCGACACUUCGAAUAUAAAUUGGAUUUUCUUUACGAUUUCUUGCAAAUAAGUAGAAAGCUUCUCUGAACGAAUCGAUAUCCUUCUCAGUAAAAUGUUUUAGAUGCUGCGACAUGAUGUUAAUAAUAAAUAUCUUCAACUUCAAUCAAUAUAGAUUAUGAAUAAUACAGGAAGUAACAGUGAAUUUUUGUUUUGUGUCUCUAGACAAUUAAAACUGAAUUCGGUCUGCUCAGGUCGAUUAAGAUUAAG